AUGUAUCAACCUCCAUAUUUACAAAACCAAACAUGGCAGCAACAACAACAGCAGCCGCAGCAGAACGCCUAUGAGUACGAACCAGUGAUAGCACAGGAGGCCUAUCCCGUCGAGGCAGAUGGUGGGCAGCAUGGAAAUGGCUGGCAGCAACAAAACACCUACGAAUACAAGCCUGUCGCAGCACAGGAAGUAUAUCCUAUCGAGACUGACGCAGGAUCACAAGAGAAGAGAAAACGAGAGAGACCUGAUUAUCGUCCCAUCCCCCUAAGCUGGCCCUUCAUCAGCGCCCUCAUUCUUGUACUCCUAGGUCUGAUGGGCUUGAUCAUAUACGCCACACGCACUCUGGACGGUUCGGACACCACCGCAACUCUCCAAAACCGAUCAUUUGGAAGUGCGAACGAAGACCUGUACUUCAUGAAGAGACAGGAUGUUGCUAGCGAACCUUCCCAGCCAAGUGCAACAGCUGCCACUGAAGCCCAGCCCGAAACAGGAGCCGAUACUGGCGCCAAAGAGACAGGGACUUCUGAGCCUGAACCUGCAGAUGAUUCCCCAGCCACCGCAACUGAUGUUGGCGAGGGCGAGACUUUGACAACAGCACUCGUCGAGGAAGUCUUCACAACAAUGGUCACCAAGCCAGGCUCAGUCGAAGUCGGAGACGUUACCGAGACCCUCACCGAGACGGGACAGGUCACUGUCACAGAAGUGAUCACCGAAGCGGCAUCAACCUAUGUCACAGAACUCCCAGCUCCUUCGUUGGCUUCGGACGAAAGUGCUACUUACGAGCCCCAAUAUUCGACCGUUGUAGCGUCUGGAGCGACAAUAACGAGUAUCACCGUCGUAGAAAGCGGCGUGGUCCGCACAACGGUCAAGGAGACCACACGUACAGGAACCCCAGUCGUGUAUGCCUCUGUUGGGACAACGACGCUUUACUCUGUCCUCACUAUUGGCUCGGACGGAAAGGUUGCUAAGCCUGCUGUUACAAAGAUUCGAACGAGCCAAGUCGCAGCCACUGUCAAAACAAUCGUCGAUGCGCCGCCGCCAGUCACAAUGGUUCAGACACUCGCGGAUGGACAGGUUGUGACCUCGGUGACAACGCCAGUAGGCACAACACGUGUGACAACCAUGCCGCCAACGCAAGUCAUCAUCACCGAUGUCUCCAAGCCUACUGGUGAUACACGCAUCGUUGUUGAAGCCACGACACAUACGCUCACACAAUCCGGGUACUUUAUCGGAAAGUUCCUUCCGCCUAUCGUCGCUGUUCUUCUAGCUAUGGCAAUACGCGCCUUGAACCAGGCAGCGCAGCAGUAUCAGCCGUUUGCUGCACUUACAAGACAAGGCGGUGCUUUAGGGCGUGAAGCUUUGCUACUCAGCUUCGAUGGCUGGAUGAGCAUCUACCUCCCGUUUAAGCUUCUCUUCAACAACCAGCCUCUUCCCUUCCUGACGUCCCUAGCUCUAUGGUCUUCAAGUCUCGUAGCGCCUUUGUCCAGUGAAGCCAUCGGUCUUAAAAUCUACGGCCGUUGCAGCAAAGGCGCCAUCGACGGCUGUGCUCUUGAACUCGGUGUCUCCAACAAAGCUGCCUAUGCCCUCGUCGGUCUCCUAGGCGCCAUUGCAAUCCUCCUCGUUUUCACACUCAGCGUUAUCAGCCGUCACUGGCGCACUGGAGUCUUUGCUAACCCCUGGUGCGCGGCCAAUACUGCAGCUCUUGUUGCUCGCAACCCCGAGAUUCGACCUAUGGCCUCCAACGACUGGAAGAACCUCAAAAAUGCCGUCACGGAGAAGAGGUUCUCUGUGGGGUGGUUCCGUAAUCAAGAGGGAAGAGACGAGUAUGGCGUUGUUGUAUGCGGAGAUGUUGAUCGCGAUAUUUCGACCGCUUAUGGCAAUGUGAACGUGCCGUAUAGUGAAGGUAUGGCCUAUCGACCACAAACACGCCGUCGAGCCCCUCAAACUUUCAUGGCUCUGAGUUUCUGGUACCGAUUCACGUUCUUAGUAUUCUUAAUUUGCCUGCUUGGCUUUAUCAGCUACUAUCACUUUGUUGAUACCUUUAGCGACUUGCCCAAGAACAUGAAGAAGGUCAUGGAGAGCCAAGAAUUCGGUGUGCGCUUUGUGUGCUCUGCUCUCGGUGUUAUUGUCGUCUUUUGCAUGGAGUUUCUCUUUACCAGCGUUGCUGUUAUCACUCCUUUCCGACGGAUGGCUGAAGACCCUCAAGUGCCUACUCGAUCAGUUCUCGUCACACCCGCAACAAACGCCGUGUCGGGUCUAUUCGUUGCCCUAAGAAUACGAGAUCCUCUCCUCUUCUUCACAGCCUUCACCACCCUCCUCGCCCAAUUCCUACCGAUCUUACUCGCCAACGUCCCAUACAGCCUUACUCAAACAAGCGAAGCCCACGAGUAUUGCUCCCGUCUCAGCAUUGGCAUUCUGCUCGUAAUGGUCAUUGCCAUGCUGUGCAGUCUACUUGUCAAAUGGCCAGAUUUGCCUGUGGAUCCUCGCAGUCUAGCUGGAGCGCUUUGGUAUGUAGCUGAUGCGCCGUGGGUGAGAGGUCUUGAGGGUGUUGCGGCUAUGAGUGCCAAGAAACGUAAGGAUGCUGUGCAAGGGCUUGGGGGAAGCUGGACUUAUGGUCCUAUUCACACGCCUACGGGGGAGAGAAUGUGUAUUGAGCAUGGAACUACUGGAUUUAGGAGAUGA